GUUUUAAUUUAUAUAUUUAACGAUUAUUUUCACAAUCAUCCGAUAUUAAUUACCAUUGCAUACAUAAUUAUCUAAGUGAUUGUUGUAAAUAUCGGAUGAUCCUUGUAUUUUAGUCUUAAUUUUACUCAAUAGUGUAUUUUCAGGAUGUUGAUGCCAAAACAGAACCGUGUCGCAAUCUACGAGCACCUCUUUAAGGAGGGAGUUAUGGUGGCCAAGAAGGACUACCAUGCACCAAAACACCCAGAAUUAGAGCAAAUUCCAAACUUGCAAGUUAUUAAGGCUUUGCAGUCGUUGAAAUCUAGAGGAUAUGUUACUGAACAAUUUGCAUGGAGGCAUUUCUACUGGUAUCUGACAAAUGAAGGUAUCGAAUACUUGAGGACAUACUUGCACUUGCCCCCAGAGAUUGUGCCCUCCACCCUCAAACGCCAAACCAGGCCCGAAUUGGCCAGGCCAAGACCGGCUGCCGGCCCAAGGACUGAAGGAUCUCGUCCAGCUGAAGACAGAUCUGCCUACCGCAGGGCACCAGGUGCACCUGGUGGCGCUGAUAAGAAGGCUGAUGUCGGUGCUGGCACUGGGGACUUGGAAUUCCGUGGUGGAUAUGGACGUGGCAGACCUGCACCUCAAUAAAUUUAUAUAAAGUAAUUUAUAAUAAAAUAUCAAUAAAACAUCUUAUUGAUAAAC